AUGAACCCUAGAUCAAAACCCGAUUCGGCGACGGUGUUGUCCUCCUAUCCAGAUUCUGGUGGCCUUGGGUGUGGCUAUGUGAUGAAUAGAUGGGGCUUCGCGGUGGGUUCGGUAUCAAUGGCACUUGGAGAUGGUGUCGCGGAUGAGAGAUCGAGUCCCAGAGGCGAUGAUGACAGUUGCGUCUUUGCAAAAGCUGGUGGAGUGGAGGGUUGUUGCGGGAGACACAGUUCCGGGGGAUGCAGGAAGUGCGGCGGAAAAGUUUUAAAGUGUUUUGGAAUCUGUUUGAUGAUAACAGUCUUGCAGCUGGCUCAAUUACCCAAUAUUAAGGUUGCGACUGUACUCCUCUCUUCUGGUUUUGCCUACGACAUCUUUUGGGUGUUCAUAUCUCCGUUGAUAUUCCAUGAAAGUGUCAUGAUUGUAUUUGCAUCUUCAAAGGAAAUUUUGGUAGAAAAUGAGGAGAAACUAGAAAAUGUAGUCAGAGGACAAAAAUCCAAGAGUUGCUCUUCAACCGCCGAGAAUGAGUCAGGACGUGAAUAUGGGGCUAAAAACACUGACGACACCCCUGUGACGGGCACUUCUCAGAAAACUCGAGGGGGUGCUGAAUCUCGAUUUCGGAAAAGAAGCAAAUAUUUAUCUUACCCCUACACAAAUAGUGAACCAAGACUUAAAAGUUUUCCAGCUGAAACAGAAGAAUCAAAGACUCCAAGUUCCACCCCUAAAGCAAAAGCUUCAAGCAGAACCAGUAAUCCUAAAAAUAGAUCUCUUUCAUCAACUAAAUUGGGUGGCACGAGGUUCCAAAAUAACUGGUACAAAAAAUUCAUCAGUUGUAGUAAAAUGUCUAGCAGUCCAAAAUUCAUCGGUGCAUCUUCCAGUGACGUACUUUCAGGAGGUUUAAUUCUUCAAUGUAUCAAUGAAGAUGUUGAAAAGGACGAUAUAAAUGAUGAAAUUCAAGAGGACGACAUAAAUGAUAAAAUUCAAGAGGACGACUUAAAUGAUAAAAUUCAAGAGGACGACGUAGAUGACGAAUUUCAAGAGGACGACAUAGAUCUAGAUGAUGAAUUUCAAGAGGAGGAUAUAGAUGGUGAAUUUCAAGAGGACGACGUAGAUGAAGAAUUUAUGGAGGAUGACAUAUCUAACGAAUUUCUAGACGACGAUCUGGAUGCUUUACUCCUAGAAGACAAACUUGAAUGA